AUGACGCCCGUCGACUCCAAGAUACUCGACUACAUCGACCGCCUCAAACUGGGCAGGAGGAAGGACGAGCCACCACCCGUCACCGACGGCAGGCGUAAGGAGCAGCUGGCCAAGGUCAGGACGGAGACCGAUAAGUUGUGGGAGCGGAAGGUCACCUUCUUGGGCGGCGCUACUGCGAGGGAGUCCUUCCUGCCGGAAGACCUGCCCGAGAUCGCGUUCAUAGGAAGGAGCAAUGUAGGGAAGUCAUCCCUCAUCAACGCCCUUACGGCUCAGGGAAAAGUGAGGGUGUCAGACACUCCCGGAGAGACGCAGCAAAUCAAUUGGUAUCGCGUGGGCAAGCACCUGACGCUGAUCGAUCUCCCAGGGUAA